CACCGACUUUUGUAUUCCAGUCGCAUGUAUCAAAAGAAUUCCGCCACAUUUGUUUCGGUUUCAAAAAGUACAAUUUGUCACUCCUUUCCUGGACCGUGGGCGCUCUACCUCACUUUAGUGCCUCAAUGUUCUUGGCUUUUUCGACUUGCAGUGCCCCACUGGCCCCUCCAGCGAUUCUCAGAAGCCAACCUUUGCCCGGAGGGUACACCAUCAAUAGGUUGGGUAAAGCUAAUGUCCCCUACUUUACAUAGUCUUGAUAAACUAUCCACAUUCAAUCGGUCGUCAUGGUCAAUAAUAGAUUGAGUGAUGAGUUCUUGGACUUGCCCAUCCAAAUCAUACAAUGGACGAAUCGACAGUUCCCCACUUCAAGCCAAUUGUCCAGUAAACAUGCUAGAUGCAUGUUGGCCCUCAAUCGAGUUACCAGGAGACUUUUGAUUUGACUAGAGCUACUUUCAAUCGUUUAAAACAAAGUAUACAUCAUAUGGCCUCAUGGUUGGUGAACCCUGGUCUGAAUUACCGAAGGGCGUGGAUAGACCAAUAUCACGUGAUGACUCUCAUCUCCUGUAUCCGUCCAUUUUCCUGCCCCUACACCGGACAACCGCAGAGCAGCUUCAAGCUCGAUGCAACCAGCAUCUCAAUACAUUUUCUCAAGACAUCUUCACGCGAUCCGACCACGAUGCCUCGCUCUCGUACUUCACCACGCUCGGUUGCAGGGUCGAGCAACGCAACUCCUGGCGCUGGAUCAUUCUCCGGCAUCGCAAGCCUGUCAUCGAAGGAGGGGCCACGUCCAAGGCCACGAUUCCCUCGUUCUGCUCUCCGUAAGCUAGAAGAAUGGGUCUCCGCCCAUCGUCAGUCUCCAUACCCAACGGACAAAGAUUUGGAUCACCUGACUGUGGAGACUGGCCUCAAACGCAGCCAGAUCUCGACCUGGUUUGCAAAUGUACGAAAGCGAGGGAAGGUUCCCAAGUCAGAGACACAUUCAAACCCUUCGGCGAUGUUAGAUAUGCCAUUGGUGCCAUCUCCGCCAAUGGAAGAAGUACCCCUCUUCCAUCGCUGGCUGAACUCAUGGACGGAGCAGGAAGCAGCUGCCUUGCCAGCUAUCCUAGACGCAGUGGUCCAACUCAACGGGGUUUCUUGUGCGAACUUCCUGCAAGGAUCAACUAGGUAUCAUCGCGAGUUUUGUUCAAGCGAAUCUUCACUUUCAAGCAUGGAGGUCCGCUCAUAUGCUGCCAACGUUGAGUCAGUCCACCCUGACGAAUGGAAGGCUGACGAUGACAUUGCUGCAAUGUCAGCUCGGUCAUCUCGAAGACGCCGGCAACUUCCAGUCAGGUCAGAUACCUGUUCAUAUUCCGAAAAGCUGGCAAAUAGCGAUGUCUCGAGGAAAUUCCAAUGUACGUUUUGUGCUGAUCGCUUCAGAACAAAGUACGACUGGCAACGGCACGAGAAGACCAUACAUUUACCACAUGAAAGCUGGACGUGCAGUCCAAAUGGUGGUGUCGAUGUCAAUCCAUCUACCAAUGAGAUUACAUGUGUCUUCUGUGGGGUUUUGGAUCCGACUCCUUCACAUAUUAGCGGCCAUGGCUAUACUACCUGUGCAAACCGGUCUGUCACAGAACGAACAUUCUAUCGCAAAGACCAUCUCCGACAGCAUCUGCGUCUCAUGCAUGGCAGCUGCACUUUCGUUGAAUCAAUAGAAUCUUGGAAGAGCAUCAGGACGUCAAUUCAUUCCCGCUGUGGAUUUUGCGAUGCCCUGUUGAGUUCCUGGACUGGUCGUGUGGAACAUCUCGCCGAACACUUUAUUGAUGGGUAUUCUGUUGCGGAGGACUGGACAGGUGACUGGGGAUUUGAUGAGGAAAUUGUGAGUGUACUUGAAAGAGCUUCUUUGCCAGGAAAUAACCAAAUCACGGAUGUAAUUGAAGCUCCGUCUUCUAUGAUGGAAGAUACGUGCGGGAACUCCAUUGGCAGUCUAAGCUUUCCUUGCGACACUGAAUUGUUCACAGACUAUCCAGAUUUAGGAUUCGGAGCUUGCGAUAUGCCGAAUGCUUGGGAUGGCUCGCUUGAUUUAGAAACGGAUUGCUUCGACCUCGACUUCAGUCAGGAGGUCAAGUCGAACGACAGUGCUGCUACUGAUCUGCCCUUUGUCUUGCCUCUUGACGGUCACGCCGAGCUUGAGGCGUACGAUGGGUCAGAUAAUUUCGAUGUUGCGAUGAACUAUUACGACUUCAAAUUCUAUGACAACUUGCCACCGGAAGCUAUACCCGUUUCUCCCUCGCUAGACAUACAUUUCUAGACACAUCACCACCUCUUCAUAAAAUACAAUGCUAUUAUUAUUGCUAA